AUGUCCACCUGGCAGAGCAUCACUCUGACCGACGACGAGUGGUUCGACGGAUAUGAAGUACACAGACACCCUCUCGAGUCCACAGUCCUCCCCAUCAUGCAGGCUGUCUAUGAACAGGCCUCUCCCCAGGGACCUGUACCCAGCGCCAUCGACAGCUGGUGGUUCUCCCCUACCAUCAUGUACCAGCUCAACGCCGAUGGGUCGGCUCCAACUCAUGUCCUCAUCAUCAUCAACGAGGGGCAGGGUGAGCCAUUCGCCAUCCCCAAGACUCGCUUUACGAUCAACGUCAACAACCGAAUUGUUCUUGACAAGACUAUGGGAAACCGCUUUUCGGCGUCCGAGGAUGUGGUGCCGCUGGUGAACAAGGUCAAACAGUGGCCCGGUAGCUUUUCCUCGACCGGUCGACUGGCGAGGUAUUUGACACCCGUUGCAGUAAAGCACCUAUUACUACAUCCGUUUGAACCAACCGAGUGCUAG